UUGGCUUUAAAUGCCAACGAUUACCCAAUCGAUGACUACUUGGCGGUGAAAAACUCGCGUAACUUCACGGGGAAAGUGGUGUUAGUGACCGGAAGUAGUUCAGGCAUAGGGGAAGGUGUUGUCAAACUGUUCUCCAUAUUGGGGGCCAAAGUGGUGGUCACCGGUAGGAAAGAGGCUGAUGUCCAUAAAGUGGCUCAAGAGGUGCAACAGUUAUCACCCGACAAACUGAAGCCGUUAGAAGUGACGGCAGAUCUGACGAAAAGGGAAGACGUCGAGAGACUUAUCAAUGAAACCAUCAAAACGUUUGGACAGUUGGAUGUGUUGGUCAACAACGCCGGGAUAUACCCCACAUCAGACAUUCACGACAAGAAUAUCACCGAUGAGUUUGAUUUGGUGUUUAACAUCGACUUAAGGGCUGUCGUGCAGACCAUUCACACGGCUGUCCCAUACCUCGAGAAGACUAACGGCACUAUUAUUGAUAUGUCCAGUGUUUCCGCAUUUUUAGCGGGCAAAUCACAACUGACAUACUGUUCAGCGAAAGCGGCGCUAAAUAUGUUGACAGAGGUAUUGGCCCUCGAGUUGGGACCCAAAGGGGUUCGCGUUAAUACAGUCAGUCCGGCCGUAACAGAAGUGGACGGUAUACCUAAGACAUGGAUAGAGUUAGUGAGACAGUUGGCACCCCUUAGACGAGUGGGUGAACCCCUGGAUAUCGCCAAAGCCGUGGUAUUCCUGGCCUCGACUGACGCCCAAUACAUAACCGGCGAGAAUCUGGUGGUCGACGGCGGACAACACUUUUUGGGAAACCCUUUAUAA